GCCUUUGGUCCACGGUUCUCGUGUCUAGGGUUUCCGCGUUCGGACCUCUGUGUGUAUAUAUAUAGAGGUAGAGAGGCCUUCAUUUCGGUGCUCAAGGGUUUCUUGUGAUUGCUUCCUGGCCUCCGGCGCGACAAUGGGGAGACGUCCUGCAAGAUGUUAUCGUCAGAUUAAGAAUAAGCCAUAUCCAAAGUCAAGAUACUGCCGUGGUGUUCCGGACCCUAAGAUCAGGAUCUAUGAUGUUGGAAUGAAGAAGAAAGGAGUUGAUGAGUUUCCCUUCUGUGUUCACCUGGUUAGCUGGGAGAAGGAGAAUGUAUCUAGUGAGGCUCUUGAAGCUGCACGCAUUGCGUGCAACAAGUAUAUGACAAAGUUUGCUGGGAAGGAUGCUUUCCACUUGAGAGUCAGGGUGCAUCCAUUCCAUGUUCUGCGUAUUAAUAAGAUGCUUUCCUGUGCUGGAGCUGAUAGGCUCCAGACCGGGAUGAGAGGUGCCUUUGGGAAACCACAAGGAACAUGUGCCAGAGUGAACAUUGGUCAGGUUCUUCUGUCUGUUCGUUGCAAGGAUAACAAUAGCAACAAUGCACAAGAAGCCUUACGGCGUGCCAAAUUCAAGUUCCCUGGCCGUCAGAAGAUAAUUGUCAGUGGAAAGUGGGGCUUUACUAAAUUUACCCGAGCCGACUAUAUGAAGUUGAAGACUGAGAACAGAAUCGGCUCAGAUGGUGUCAAUGCCAAGCUACUCGGAUGGCAUGGGCCGCUUGCUCGCCGGCAACCUGGAAGAGCUUUCUUACCUCCUGCAGCAGCUGCAGAAGCUUCUUAGAUUGUCAGCGCCUCUUAGCUUAUAUACUGUGUGUGCUUAAUAUGAAGGAUGCUUGCGUGAGAGUGUAGGUCUAUAUGGAGAGUAUGUUUCGUUCAGCUGGUUUAUUAUUAUGUUCUCACUGACAUUGAGCACUUCUUGUAUCUGUUAUUCUAUGACAGUUCAACUUGGGUUUCCGUGCCUAUUAAGUAAA